UAAAUAUUUUUGAUCUCAGAUCUAAACAUUUUUUUUUAAUUAUACCAAAUUUAUCAAUCAGUCAUUUUUUAAAAUGAAGGAUGAACAGAAUGACCUUAAUGAGCCAGAAAAUUCUAGAAUAUUUGUAUUGUAUGACAAAAAUCACCCUAUACCUGAAGUUGAGUUUAAAGAAAUGUUUGGAAAUUUUGGUACCGUACGAAAUAUUUAUAUUGUGAAAGAUCGCAAUAACGAUAGCGUUAAAGGUGUUGCAUACAUAAAGUAUUCAAAAGCAUCAGAAGCUUUCAAAGCUAUUGAAGCAAUGAAUGGGCAUAAAAUAGAAUCGUCAAAUCGUCGUAUGAAAGUUCUGAUGGCUACUAGUCCUGGUCAUAUACGAAAUAAUUCAGAAAUUGAAUAUAAUAGAUUAUUUGUAUUUGUACCAAAAACUGAUAAGGAAACAGAUUUAGAAAAUAUUUUCAGUCAAUAUGGAGAAGUAUCUAAAGUUCAUAUUGUCACAAAUAAAGAAACUGGAGAAUCAAAAGGAAUAGCUUUCAUAACUUUCACUAAGCCUUCAUCUGCUGCUUUAGCUAUUGAAGAAUGUGGACCAAAUUAUAAAGCUGUGUUUGCUAAGCCAAAACAUGAUGAUGGCCCAUCUGUUUAUCCUCAAUCUUAUUCCAGACAUAUUGACUCUAAGAAUCCAACUAGUAGUUAUGCAUUACUUGCACCACCAUCUCAUACACGCCAUGAUGAACCUAGUGUAUUAACUGCUUAUACAUCACCAAUUGUUACUUAUAAUGAACUUUAUAAAAUUAUGAAUAUUGCUCCUGAAUUGGAAUUAGUUAAGGAAUUACCAAGACAACAAGUAUAUGAUAAAAAAGUAUUUCAAGUUAUUUAUAAUACAACUGCAGCAGCUGAACAUGCUGUUAAUCGGAUUAAUGGAUUUGAAUACCCACCUGGACAUCCAAUAAUACUAGAAUUUAGUAGUUCUACUUUAUCUAUUUCAUCAGCUGUCGAUCCUUUAGUAGCAAAUAAAAUAUCAAAAGAUAUAGAAGUGCUAUCUAGUACUGUCACAAGAGCAUUAGCUGUGAUUAAGAAUGCAAGUGCUACAACUGCGUCUUUUGCUUUGGCGGAUGAUUUUACUUCACCCCUAGCAGCAAAAAGAGGAAAUGAAAAAGUUCUUUUGCCAUCAACAGAUAAUUCAUACAGGUUAUUUUUUGUAUGUAAACCUGUUAUUCCACCAAUGCGAUUAUUAGAAGAUACUUUCAAAAUGUUUAAAGGUUUAAGAAAUAUUAAUGUGAUUGAUGGUAAAAAUUAUGGAUAUGUUACAUAUGACAGUAUGGAAAGUGCAGCACGAGCUAUUAAUUGUUUAAAUGACCAUAAAGUAUACAACAGUCGCCUGAAAGUAAUGGAAGCUGAACCCAGAGAACCAAAUCGUAAACGAAUGAAACCUGAUACUUUGUAAAAAGUAAAGACAGUAAAUACCACAAAAAAACAUACAAUUUAUUAAACCCACUAAACCACAAUAGAAACUUCUGUUUGUCUACAAUGACAAGACAAAUUAUCACAAAAGCAACCGAUUCAUGAGACACUACAAGAUAUUCCACUACUGUAACAUAUAUUAUGGACACAAAAGACACUUUUUAAACUAACUAACAAGUUUUACAAUAUUAUUUGUUCAAAAAGCUUAAAAUAAUUGAGUUUUUAAAGCCGAGAACAUAAAAACCUAGUUAAUGCUUUUAAAAUGUUUAUUUUAUAAACAAACAAUAUCAUAGUUGUUAUUAAAUUAAGAUAACUAUACACAUUUUUUGGGUGUAUUUUAAAGAAUGGAAUAUAAUGAAAGGAAAUUAUACAAUUAAAGCUGGGUUAAUUCAAAGUAUAUUCAUUUAUGUUUAUAAAUAUAUAUACUAGUUAGCCAAUGAAACGGUCAAUUUUAAUACUAUUAAUUUUGUAUACAUUUCUUUAUGAUACACUUAAAAGACUGAUAGGUCUAAAGGAGACACUCAUACCUGCCUACAGGGAUGACUCCACUGUCCAAUGAUUUCUGGUACAUUUCGUCACUAAGAUUUCCUACUGCCACAUAACUUUUGUUCAUUAACAUAGACACAGAGAUUGAAAUAAGUUUAAUAUCUUA